CACCACCAGUCAGGUCAAACCACUCCCUGGUGACUUGUACUGGUGGAUUUAUCUCGAGAGAACUUUUUUUUUGUUGCGUGACAAUGUUGCGAAACUGAUGUAGUAACAUUGUCACCCGGCUACACCUGUAUCUCCGGUAGGUCUCGGUUUUUAACGUGAUAUUAGUGUGGGUUUUUGUUUUUUUCAGCUAACAGCUAACCAGAAGAAUACGAGGUAAAUCUCGCUUUCGAAACUACUGUGGUCGAUGUUGUCUCAUGGAGGAUGUGUACAGUUAUUAGGCAAGAGGAUAUACGAGUGGUCAAGGACAGAGCAGAGGAGGUACACGCUCGGUUUCUUCGCCAUGGGGAACAACUGCAGUAAUCAUCUGGGGAUCCCUCCAGCCAAGGGGCCCAAUGCAGUGGGAUGCACCGACUUCAUGAUGGACCACACUGCACAGGGCAGCUUCUUCCGGCUUUACUAUCCCUGUCAAAAGACUGAUAAAGCAGAAAAACCAGACUGGGUACCAUGCGCUGAGUACUUCAACGGUCUGGCAGACUUCAUGAAAAUCAACAGGACUCUCAGCGAAAGGAUUUUCAACUACCUUUUUGGCUCCUUUAAGAUCCCAGCCGCCGUGGAUGCUCCGUUUAGAUCCAAUGAAAAAUGUCCUGUAGUAAUCUUCUCCCAUGGCCUUGGAGCCUUUAGGACUUUGUACUCCGCUAUUUGUGCAGAGUUGGCCUCGCAGGGCUUCAUUGUAGCGUCUGUGGAACACAGAGACCAGUCAGCCUCAGCUACGUUUUAUUUUCGUGAGAAGACAGAGUCGGAAAAGGCCAACAAGAACUCGCCUAAGACGUCUGCCUCGGCCCAAGACAACUUAGUGAGAGAGUGGAUGUACUACAGGAAUCUGCAGCACGGGGAGAGUGAAUUCCACCUCCGAAAUAAACAGGUGAAACAGAGAGCAGAUGAAUGCAUCCUGGCUCUGGAUAGACUCACUGAAAUCAACUCAGGGAUCCCAGUGCAAAAUGUUUUACAAACACAGUUUGACUGGACAACGUUGCAGAACUCCAUGGAUCUGUGUAGGAUAGCAGCGGUGGGGCAUUCCUUCGGGGGAGCGACGGUGAUAGAAGCUCUAUGCAAAGAGGUUAAAUUCAAGUGUGGCAUAGCGCUGGACUCCUGGAUGUUCCCUUUAGACGAUGAGAUCUUUCCCCGGGUGAAGCAGCCCAUCUUCUUCAUCAACUCCGAGAAGUUUCAGUGGGCGGGAAACAUCAGCCGCAUGAAGAAGCUGGACUCGGCCGUCAUAGAGCGGAAAAUGAUCACUAUCAGAGGCACAGUCCACCAGAGCUUCCCAGACUUCACCUUCCUAACGGGCAACUGGAUCGGCAAGCUGUUGAAGCUGAAGGGAGAGAUAGACCCCGAGGUCGCCAUAGACCUCUGCAACCAAGCAACACUAGCCUUUCUGCAACGCCACCUCAGGCUACAGAAGAACUUUAAUCAGUGGGACCCUCUGAUUGACGGGCAAGAUGACAACCUCAUUCAAGGAACUAACAUAACUGUGCUUCAGGCUGCCAUGUGAACCACCUCAUAUCCUGGAGAAUGUACCUAGACUGCCGGGCCCGUCGGCUGAGUGAUUUCAGCUCGUGAGUGAAAGCGGUGCCCACAAUGUGGAGCCAGGCCUGCUUGGCAUUACAAACGGACUAAAGAUUUUGAAAGUAGAAGUUAGAAAAAAAAAAAUCUCUACCUCAUCAGCAGGACAGAUUUAGUUUUCCUUGACCGACUACACCAGCGUUUGUUUCAUGGCGCCUGAAUGUCGCCGAACACUUUUCACUGUUUGUGAAUUCUUCACUAUUACCGGGAAUUUCUUGGAUAAAUUGUUUUUAAUCACUUUCAUUUUUGAGUGUAUAUGAACUGAGAUUAUAAUUUAAUUUCACACGAAGACCGUAUGUCUCUUUGGAUGUAUGAACUUCCAACAGAGACGAGCUAUUAUGAUUGCAGUGUGAUUAUGGAACAAGACCUAUAAUGAGAAUCUAACCAACCAAUGGGCGUUGUUAGAACGAUUGAGGGCUCUUAUUAACCCAGCCAAGAUAUCAAAAUACAUGUAUCCAUUCUAAAUUUAAAAGAGGGCAGCUAAAUACAGAGAGUAAAUCAGUAUCAUUAAGCUUACUAACACUAAACGGUUGCUUUAAGAAAGCAUGUGCCUUAACUCUACUGUUCACCCUGGGUCAAUGUAACAGCCUUCUUCUUUUAUACCGUCUGAAAAAUCUGCCAUAACAGCCACCCAAUAAAUCUGGUUUGU